UCCAAUGUCAAGGAAUAACACUGAGCUAUAAAAACCAAGUCCGCUGGUUACAACGAUUGCUCACACAAAACACACAACAACAACAACAACAACAACAACAACAACAACAACAACAAGAUCACUGAAAUGAAUUACAGUUCGAAACUCGCAGUAGCUGCCAUCGUCGUUCUGGGUAUGGUUUCGAGCCUUGCUUACGGCAAAUUCCCAGACAUGACAAUCAUGAAGGGACCAGACUGCACGGGCAGGUCCGAGAGCAAGUUCUACAACCACAACGUGGCGCGCCUCGUAAAUACGUUGGUGGACCGGACGAGGCAUGGAUACAGAGACGAGAACAACGACUUCUCUUUCAGGCACAGCAUGCCGAAUCGCAACCCUGGAUCCCCGACAGGCGGCGCCGUUUGCUACGAAGACCUGGGAAAGUACGACUGCUGGAACUGUCUCUUGACAGCGAAGAACAAAAUCCGCGCGGGCUGCCACAAGCCAAUUUCGGCGGAACUCGUCCUCCAGGAUUGCUCCAUCUGGUUCAGGAUGAUCCCUUAACUUGAAUAGAACGUACUCUGCAAAUUAUGUGCUUGGGAUCCCACCUUUAUCUGCUAUCUAUCCAUUUUAUUACACUUAUUAGUUUCUUCCAUGUUGAUCCGUCAAAAACAUGUUUACAUGUUAUUCUCUUUGUUUCCUCGUUCCAUGUGGCAUGUAAUGUGAUAAUAUCAUGGUAAUACUAUUAAACCAUUUUAUUCAAA